AGCGAUAGCACGAGCUUCACCCAAUCUACAGAGCCAAAGUUAUGUGCAAACGGAUGUGGUUUCUUCGGAUCAGCAUCAAACAUGGAUCUAUGUUCAAAAUAUUACAGAGACAUAUGUGCAGAGGAAGCUCAAACCGCAGUUGCAAAGGCUGCUGUUGAGAAAUCUUUCAAGCCAUCUCCUUCUCCUAGUACUAGCUAGUCUCUUCAUCUCAGAACUUGCUCUUACCAAACCAUCCGAAUCAAAGAAGGAAAAGGUCGAUGCUUCUGCUCCAUCUUCAGCAGAAGCAGUUUUUGAACAAAACGAGCCAUCAAAACCUGCACGACCGUUCUGGUGUUUGUGUUGUAAUAAGAAGGUUGGUAUACUUGACUUUAAGUGCAAAUGUGGGAGCACUUACUGUGGCGAACAUCGGUACCCUGAGAGACAUGAUUGCAGCUUUGAUUCUAAAGAAGCUGGCCGUGAAGAGAUUGCUAAAUCCAACCCUGAGAUUAAGGCGGAUAAACUUCAAAGGUUAUGA